AUGGCAAAGCUGUCUUUGCUACUGGCGGUUAGCCAGUUUUCACUCGUUUACAGCCUUCCCGCAAACGACAUUAAUAGACAGCCCGAGAUACCUGACGAACGUGCUAUCACAAUCUCUACAAAUCUCGAUGCUACCACCAGCUACAGUACAGCUAUUGAGUCGCUGCAGACCGCUACUUUGACGACACGUCCAUCUCUCACAGGAAGUAUCCUCACAGCUCUUCCUACAGGAGGAGGGAUUACAAAAGACCCCGCAAACCUACCCGGGAUCACUGCGACGUUUGAACCUCUGUGUCCUGAGGAGACGCCGCUUGUGCCGGGUCCUACCUCCCCAGCUGGCCUGCCCUCUGCAGACAUCUUCGUGCCUCUGGCAACAGGAGUGCCUGCACCAUCGAUACCAUUUCGGAACGACCAUGUUGUCCAAAAGCAAAAUAUUGUCGAUGGCAAUGUACCCAUCCAGACAAACAAGUUCUAUGCCAACUUCUUCCUGGGCAGUCAGCAGUCGCCUGUAUGGACACAUCCCUACUCUUUGUCGUGGGCAAAGGGUCGAGGAGGGUCAUAUGGCAUGGCCAUCAGUCACACAGAGCGCAGUCAGUUCGCUUUUGGACCUGAUACGAACAAUCCACAGUACUUCAUCUCGCCGAUCGGCAUACAACAAAUGGCGUUGUCAGCAGCUGAACUCCAAGCGGGAACCGCUAUGACGAUCGAAAACCUAAAGGCAUUCUCAGUCUACGCUAACUUCGCCCCGUCUGCCGGAUCUCGGGUCGUCAUGUCUGUGCCUGUUGUUCAAGGAAUGGGUUUUAUCACAUCCGUCUACGAUAACUGUCAGCCUAUGAUCAGCAGUGGUGUCUUCUUCCGCAGCCUCAAGUAUGCUGGCCAGGUGAACAGUGUCACCUUUAAGUAUAACACCCAGCUGGAGGAUGGCUCACAGUGGCUCAUCUAUGUCACGCCGCUUGCUGCUGAUGGAGUUCCACCUUUGACUUUGGUAGGAGGCGGCUCCAUUCGUGGUCCAGAUUCUUUUACUGGCUUGAUACAAGUCACCAAAAACCCCAGCGGUCAAGAUGGCGAGCGUACGUUUGAUGGCAGUGCAGGCUCAUACGCGAUCAACGCGACUAUCUCGGGCGCUGUCAACGGUCCCUCAGGCAGCUACACGCUGUCCUGGACCAAGGGGGGUGUGCUGAGUCAACCAUUGGUCAUGUAUGCUUUACCGCAUCACGUCGAGUCGUUUGACCAAGAGACGCGCGGUGCGAUGACCGGUAUCCAGCUCAUCACUACAACAAAAGGCGCAGCUACCGCAGUCCAGGCCGAUAGAUUUACCAUGAUCGAGCCGGACCUACCUACCACUAUUGGAUUCGCACCCUGGGCUAAGGCUGCGAAUGGUGCUCAGGGCGGUACGGGCAACAUCAACGUGGGUGCAUCGGCACUCCAGCUCCUCAACACUGCAGGCACCACUGAGCUGAGGCAGGACUUCAUCGCACAGACCAGCUUGAACAGCAUGUACUACUCUGGUAAGGGCCUUGCAAAGUUUGCUGGUAUCGUCUAUACAAUGCAGACCAUGGCUGGAAACAGUAAUCUUGCUGCAGCCGGUCUUGAAAAGCUCAAAGACGCGUUUAACGUCUUUGCCAACAAUACUCAGCCUGAACCGCUAGUAUACGACACUGUCUGGAAGGGCGUAGUCUCUGGUGCGACGUACAGAUCACCUACGAAGGACCCCGGUCUUGACUUUGGAAACACGCUUUACAACGACCAUCAUUUUCACUAUGGAUACUUCGUCUACACAGCAGCAGUCAUUGGCCACCUAGAGCCCGCGUGGCUUGAUCAAGGCAUCAACAGGCAGUGGGUGAAUACGCUUGUUCGCGAUUACGCCAACCCAGUAACCGACGGGUACUUCCCCUUCUCACGCUCCUUCGACUGGUUCCAUGGGCACUCUUGGGCCAAGGGUCUCUUCGAGUCUGGUGAUGGUAAAGAUCAAGAGUCCACAUCCGAAGACACUUUCGCAACCUUCGCCCUGAAGAUGUGGGGGAAGAUCUCUGGAGAUGCCAACAUGGAGGCUCGUGGCAACUUGCAACUUGCAGUGCAAGCCCGCAGUGUUCGCAACUACUUUUUGCUGAAAUCCGACAACAAGAACCAACCUCCGUCGUUCCUGCACAACAAAGUCACUGGCAUCCUCUUCGAGAAUAAAGUCGACCACACAACAUACUUUGGUAGUAACAUCGAAUACAUUCAAGGCAUUCACAUGAUCCCACUGAACCCCAGCUCCGCAUACACACGGCCCAAGGACUUUGUCACCGAAGAGUGGAAUACUUUCUUUAGCAACGGCCGCGUUGACCAAAUCCCUGGCGGCUGGCGAGGCAUACUCUACGCCAACCUUGCACUCAUCGACCCACAAACAAGUUAUAACUACUUUGCUAGUCCAAAUUUUGACUACGGCUCACUCGAUGGCGGUGCAAGCCGUACUUGGUACCUUGCAUACUCGGCAGCGAUGUUGAAUGUCGGCUCUGCGGUCGCAGAACCGGGCCUAACACUGCAGUACCCUCCGCAACAGCAGGAGCCUCCACAGCAGCCCUAUCAACCGGAAGAACCUGUUGAUGGCGAACCUCAGCCACAGGAUGCUCCACAGGAAGAGCCUAUCCCACCACAGCCCACUCAGGAAGAACCACAGCAAGAAGAGCCCCAGCAGGUCCCUGGGCAACAACCUCAAGCGCCACCCCAGCAGCAGCAGCCUCAACAAGGAGUAGCACACGCUGUAGAUCUCACUGCACCAGCACCGGCACGCGUGCCCGCACCUGCCGAGGUGGCUAGUCAAGACCAAUCCGCCGACUCUCCUUACUCGAACGAUCCCUCAUUCGAAUGGGCUGAUUACGCGCCCACCGACGGCGAUUUUACUGCCCCUCAACAAGCAGACCAGGAUCAGUACCGGAACCCUUACGCCGACGAUCCUAGCUCUGGUUGGCGCAACUACUUCAACGAUUACCGCAACAAUGCCCUGCACGGGGCUGAUGCCCCUGCGCGGUAUCCGUGGGAUAUGAAGUCACGUGACUAUCACAAUCGCGUAGCGACAAACGGCGCCGACGAAGAUGAGUGGGAAGACGUCCUCGACUGUGGGGACGAGGGAGAUGCUAGCCAAAACGAGGAGCAGGGAAGAGAGUACAUGUGA